CAGCCUGAGCAAGACUUCAAAGACGCUGCUGGCUUCAUUCCAUCAUGCUACUUGGGAAAACUUUUGAAACUUUGCUUCACCAAUCAGCUGAUGUAUGCAGGGUCUGGCAGUUCCACUUCUCCUUUGAAGAUCCACUUUUGCCAAUUAGCAGGACGGAUGAGAGCCAACCCAAGCUCCCUGUUCUUUUAUGCCCUGCUCAGGCAGUUCUUGGCAGUCAGUUGAGAGGAAGAGGCAGCCUUUAUUUUCAUAUUGUACCUCCCACCCAUCAGCUGGAGGAAAUGGUGGCUCACAGCCAGCUGAACUGUGUGGAAGAGCUGCACUGCGUCCACCCCUCUCCAGCUGGCACCUGCCAACAUGGUGCUGUUGGCCUGCCAGGGGGUGCUGCCCCUGGCUGCCCUAGCACUGCUCCUGCUCAUCAGCCUGGCUCCCGAUGGCUCAAGAGGGAAUAAACUUAAGCUGAUGCUUCAAAAACGUGAAGCUCCUGCGCCUGCUAAAACAGAGGUGUUAGUGAAAGAAAACGCGGCCAAGGAGUUCUUAGGCAGCCUGAAACGCCAGAAGCGCCAGCUGUGGGACAGGUCUCAACCCGACGUGCAGCAGUGGUAUCAGCAGUUCCUCUACCUGGGAUUUGAUGAAGCGAAAUUUGAAGACGACAUCUCCUACUGGACAAACUUGGGACGUGGUGGCAAUGAAUAUUAUGGAAGCUACUACCAGCACCAUUAUGAUGAAGAUGCACCUAUUGGGCCCCGAAACCCACACACCUUCAGGCAUGGAGCAAGUGUCAACUACGACGAUUAUUAACCUCAUUUAUUCUACUGUAACCAAGAAUUGUAGGUCUAUCGGAUUGAGCAGAGCCCUAACCCCCCCCUCUCUCUCUCUCCCCCCCCCUUUUUUUUUAAUAGUAGAUAUUUCUUAUAAACAAAGAGAAGAAAGGAAUUGUCUAGCACAGAAGCCUAUUUGGAAUGGGCUUCUAUAAUUACUUAAUAGUAUACCAUGUAGAAGUGUUAGAAUUAAAGUUUUUUGGUAAAAUAAGCAUUUUUCUAUUUCUUGGGUAGACAGAGUUUGCAAUAGCUGAGUUCAUUUCAAAGCACUGCAUUAUUAGAGAUUACAUUUUCAAGGGUUUUUUUUUUUUUUACUCAUUCUUAAAAACUGAUUGCCUGAUUUCACCCAGUUUUGGUGUAUUUUAUAAGACAAUGUGUUUCAACGUGCUCAGUUAUUUUGGUCUGUGUCAGUACAGUAAAUAAAUCCCACACUCUUAGAGGAAAAAA